AUGCUCAACAACACGUCUCUCUUCCCCUCUGAAUAUCAACAUCUCGCCCCAUCCAUCUCCGUCAUGGCCGCUUUCAUUCGCAUGUUCAAAGACAAAUGGAUCACGCCGCCCCAGCCUACGACGGAAGACUACAGCGGCCGGGUCGUCAUGGUUACCGGGGCGACGUCGGGCAUUGGGAAGGAGGCCGCAUACAAGUUUGCCGCCCUGGGAGCGUCGCAGGUCAUCCUUGCGGCUCGAGACCUGAACAAGGGCGAGUCGACCAAGGCUGAACUGGCCAAACGCCUCGGUCGUGACGAUGCACUCGCAGUAUGGGAGCUGGACAUGAUGUCCUACGACAGCGUGGUUGCCUUUGCAGAUCGGGCACACGCGCUCGAGCACCUCGAUGUUGCCAUUCUGAAUGCCGGUGUACAUCGGGCCUCGUACCACGUGGGCGAGCAGGGCUGGGAGGAGGACUUGCAGGUCAACACCCUGUCCAGCGUGCUCCUGGGCGUUCGCCUCCUGGCCAAGCUGAGGCAAUCGAAGCACUACACUGGCAAAACGCCGGUGCUGGAGUUUGUCAACUCUGGCCUGCACCAGAGCGCGGUGGUGCCGAGUGAGGUUCGACAACAGCCGAGCAUCCUGGCGUACUACAACCAACGCGAGCAGUUCAAGGAAAUGAACCAGUACAAGUACAGCAAGGUGUUCCUCAUGUACGCGACCAACCAGCUCGCCAGCGAGGUUUCUUCAGAGGAAGUCAUCAUCACAUCCAUCUGCCCUGGCGUCGUCAAUUCAGAUCUUGGGCGGGACCACUUCUUCCCAGGCGUGUUCGUGUUGGCUGCAGCGAUUGUCUUUCUGAUCAUGAAGUCGCCCUCGCAAGGAGCCAACCUGGUUCUGAGUGGAGCCACACAGGGUGAAGCGGUCCACGGAAGGUUUUGGCAGAGCGACAUGAUCAAGCCUGUACCACCUGCCCUCAGAGGGGCUGCGAUGAAGGAACUGGGGUCGAGGGUCUGGCACGAGAUGGUCGAGACGUUGAAGAAGGAGGUGCCGCAGUUUGACAAGUGGCUUGAAGCUGCUCUUGAACAGAAGCAGAGGGGGUAG